CUAUUUUAGUGAGAUGUUUUUAAGAGAUCUGAAAAACAACGAGGAUAUACAUCCAACAGGAAAAAGCCCGCUCAAAGAAGUCAUUCGCAAGUACAAAGAUGAGGUUUCUACACCGGAUUCUGGAAGUGGUAUCUAUGAGGGCAUAACCGAAGAUUCUGAUAGCUCGUCUGAGACAAACUUGGACAUCCAUUUUCUUGAUGCUACUGUACGUGAGCCAGGCUACAAACUGGAGAGACGUGGUAGAAUCAUAAAUAGAGUUAGUUUGUUAGCAAACACCAGAACUGACAUUCCAUCAUGGCGUAGAAAGGAUUUAGAAUCUGACCACUUAAAAAAUAUUGUUAAAAAAGGUGCCGAUGAUCAGUCCUUUUAUGAAUCAUCUCUUUGGGCUGAAUGUUUAAUGUAUAAGAGAGUUGCAGUUGCGGAUAACUUAGUACAGAGAAAGGUUCUACCAUCUAACGAAGAACUCCACACAGCCUAUCGUACGUUUGGGAGACGAUCAGAAACAUUUUCUAAAAUUUGUGGUAUGAUUUGUGAGGAAACCAUGGGCACAGAUGAAGGUAUAAUUGAUGUCUGGGUGUCUUAUUGUAUAGAGGAUUGUCUUUCAGAUGGUACACCUUCUAUUAUUUUUGUUGUGAUUGCGAAGGAUACUUUGAAAAACAUUCAUCUAACAGACUAUAGAUAUCAUUUGAUUUCUCAAAACACAUAUAGCAGGGAAAGCGAAAUAGUACUUGCUAGGGAGUUAUCAGAUGAAACACAUGAUAUUUGCAGUAAAAGUGAUACACUUGAAGAGUUGAGAAAAUGUAUAGCGCGCCAUGCUGAUGAUCUUCUUGAAAGGCACAGUAAUAUUAAUGUGAUUUUACCAAGUUUAAAGAAGUCGAAGGGAUAUUAUUCAGCCAAUCAUAGCAUUGUCGAUGAACCAUGCAUUGCACUCUAUGUUCCUUUGAAAGGUUGUAUACCAAUACAUGAGGACCCUUUUCCGCAAGAAAUUGAUGGAUUUAAGGUAGAUGUUCUGGAAGGUAAAUUCGAAACUUACGCAGGAGGACCAAACGAGUUUCAUGAACACCUGAAGAUGGGAUUGGCUAUCCAUGCAAAAAUCCUUGAUAGUAAUAAACAUAUACUUGGUGGUACUCUUGGAGGAUUUGUAAACCAUCCCGUUUACAAGAUGUGUGGAAUCACUUGUGCUCACGUCGUUUGUUCCAGUGAAGAAAUGAACGUUGUCAAGCUAUGUGAAAUUAAAGAUGGUUUCAAUAAACCAGUGUUUCAGCCAAUGAAGAACAAAUCCACACCGUUCGGUAGAGUUGUAAUGGCUGUUUAUAAGCAUGGUGAUGAAUCGUCAUCAGGGGUGGAAGCUGCUCUUUUUAACAUACAAGAAAGACAUCCUGAAGAUGGCAGUUUUCCGAUGGCUUUCAAUGAUAUACAAGCAGGUUUUGAUGAAAACAGACCGCUUACUUUCAAUUCGGGAGUUGUCUGUGAGGCAUCGGCCAUCAGCCCAAGAACUGAAGUGUAUAAAUACGGCAUGGCGACUGGUAUUACCAGAGGGAGCUUUGCUUUACAAGGUGCCGUUGUUCGCAAAGAAAGAAUGGAAGGAAAUAGACAUAGUUUUGGAUAUAGUCUUAAAAAUCAGUUAGUUGUUCUACAAAUAGGAGUGGAGCCUUUUGCAGAAGCCGGGGACUCGGGGGCUUUGGUGCUGAUAGACGAAGGUCAUCACGAUUCUGUCGCUAUCGGCAUUGUUGAAGGUGGCAUUAAAGGCAGAGUGUUUGUGACGCCCAUCUGUGAUAUUCUAAGAGCCUUCGGGUGUUCAAACCUAGAGAUGUACAAGUUUAACAGUUCAAACAAUGGCUCUCUGUCAACUGACUCUGGGGUAGAUGUUGAUGAUUCCGAAGCGAUGGAUGUCAAUAACUAGUAAAAUGUAAAGAAACUACAGACUUAACAAAAUAAGCUAUCAAACGUUUAAUAUCUCUGAAUGCUUCUGAGAUGAACUACUGUCACGUAUGCAAACUUCUGAAGCAGCUAAAAAGUCAACAUGGCAGCAAUACUGGAACAAGUCUAAGAAUAACUUUCACGUUUAUUUUUAUCAACCCCUUUAAUUAUCAAAAUGAGAUAAACACAUCUUUAUUCCAGAAUCAUUUCCUAGUCUGUGUUUCGUUAUAUUUUCUUCUUAAUACAUAGAAGCACAUUAUUACCUACGAUCAACAAAUAACAGCAGGCUAUGCCAUUGUUUAGAAAUGAAAAACUGUUUCGGAGUUGUCGGAUGAUGCAAGUGAAAUAUCCACUACAAGCGAAAUACUGGAAAAGACGAGAACGUGUAUAGCCAAACUUCUUGAGAGAAAUAGUAUUAGUUUCGGACCUAACACAUAACUAAGUAAAAUGUGUAGAAUAAGUUAGAAGCUGGUUCCCAGGUAAACAAGGAUGUCAGUCAAAAAUGAUGACUGUGAUAAACUGUCUGUUAUGAUAAGAAAAUGUGUUGAUAAAUUCUUUAACAGUCUCCGUCGUAACUGGAGCUGAAAAGAAAACUAAUGAUGAUAUGUUUAGUUCACAAUAUAGGAUGUUAAUAACAAGUAUGCUUAUAUAAAUUGCCGGUCCAUACUUUGUGCUAUUGUCCUGUCUAUAGUUCAAAAUUAAUUUUGCUAGGAUAAGGUCAAACCUUGAAUAAGAAAUAUGAACAUACUUUUCUGACAUCAAUUAAUAAGAUACUUCUGAUCAUGGGCAAUAGUUAGAACAGUUGACCGGCAAGUCAUGCAAUAAGCGUAUAUAUAUUGAACAGUAUUCUGAUAAAAUAAGUUUUGCUUUGUGUAAUGGACCUUCCAAAAUUCAUUAUUUCCUUAUGCCGAAUUUUCCUUCAUCUCUAUACAGAAAACAUAUUUGAUAUUAUUGUUUGGACUAUGUAUAUGCAAAAUAUUCAGUCUAGUAUGCUGUAAAUAAUUAUACUGCAAUCGUUUGAAGUUAGAAAAUGAAAGAAAAUGAGGAGGGAGUCUAAAUGAAAGUUUCCCGAAAACGUAACUUCCAUGUAGAUAGAACAAAAUGUUAAAACUUCAGCAGCAUUAAGCAGUUUAAUUUUAUGACAAUAUAUAUGCAAUGUGUUUCGUUCAAUGGACAUUUUUCACUCGCAUGGCUAGUAUCGCACUAGUACAUUUGACACUUGUUUGACUGAUGUUUUCUUGUUAUACAGUAUAUCGCUUACUCCAGAAAUUGUAUGCAGAUUGUUUACUUUAUUUUAUGCAGUCUUUACUUUAUAAAAAAUGUUUGUUUUAUCUGUAGAUCUGUAUGCAAACUUUGAACAUAUUGAAUAAUUUUGCUCUUUCAGUAUUUAUACAAUGUAUAAAAAUACACGUUUUGAAGAAGAAUUAUUUUGAUUAGGCGUUUUGGUUUCUGUCCUUUGAGGCUGGUCAAUUUUUAAUAAGUCCUUCAUUGAAGGAUUAUUAUCGUAGUUUAUAUAUGUAACACACAAGUUGUUGAAACAGUUUGUUAAUGAAAUACUUUGUUUUGAGGUAAAUGCUGCCUCUCAGACUGGCGUGUUUAGUUAUGUUCUUUGUUUGUUAUAUGAAAGUGUUUGUUUAUUUGUUUUAUUUUCUCACGUUGUAUUAGAAUGCAUUGUAAUUUUGUUUUAAACAAUCCUUUUAUGUACUAUCAUUAUGUUGCUAUUGAAAUGUUUCUUUAAAUUUUUUGAUGAAAGCAUAGUGUGUAAAUAAUUUUCUUUUCUUAAGUUUGACAGUAUUACACAUAACUGUACGAACAAAUUAUAUAUGAGAACCUGAUUCUUUUGAAUGAAAUUAAAAUGAUAAUUUUAGGUUAGGGGAUUUGAUCCAUUCUAGAUUAAAUCAAUGUUGUUUUAAAUUACCUUAAUCCGUUUAUCACUAGCUAAGGAUAGCUCUAUCACUAGGAUAGUUAAGGAUAGUCCAUCAUGCACUGGUUACUAAUACUAAUUUGAAAAAUACAUGCAAUAUAUAUUUCUAUGUAUGGUUGAUUAAUAUUCAGGUCAGUUCUUUCUAAUGUCUCAUAAUUGCACAAAUGCCAUUUAGCGAUUCUUUCACAUGCUUCUUGCAAAACGAAUUUAUUCCAGCUUAAUUAGAGAUUCUUAAAAUGGUCUUUGUAUGUACAAAAAUCUAUGUCUCAGAAGGCUAAAGUGUGCGAUUAAGUCUCUACGUCAAUCUCAAAAUUGUACUACAUGGGUUAGUUGUUUUUGUUUUUUUUUUUUUUUGUUUUUUUUUUGUAUCUUAUAUAAUGAUGACAAUAAAGGGCGUACAUUAUCUUUGCAGAAGAAACAACGGAAUCAUGUUAAUGUGUUAAAAUAGUUAUUAAUUUUAAAUGAACAAGCUUUGACAAGAUUUAUCGGUCCUAAAUUCUUAUAUCAGAAACAACGAGAUGCAAUUCGUUUUGCUUGAGGCUGAUGCAGGUGUGAUAAGUGUAUUGGUCAAUUAAUAAGACUAUAUUAAGUAGGUAGAGCUUGUUUUCAUCUUCUAAGCAAAAUUACUUAAAGAUAGAAAGAUGUACAGUAUAUAACACAUGUACAUAGUUUUGCCCAUUGUCUGUCGUUGUUCAGUCGGUCGCCGAUAGAGCGGAUUUAUUGUCAAUAAAUAGGGAAAGCUUGACCUCACAACAGUCAAACCUCAUAUCAUUAUAACCUGUGGUCAGUAGGUGACUCCUAUUGUUUUGGGCUCAAUAGGUCAAUGGUCAAGGUCACUUUGACUUCGAUACUGAAAACGGUUUUCUUUUUGUUUCAAAGCAAUAUCUAGUUUCACACUGCAUAUAAGGAUAUUUCCACAAUCUGAACCAAACGACUUGCUUUACAUGCAGCUUCUAAAUACAUAUCUUAUAUUUAUGUAUGUUUAUGAAAUUUAUACUUUUUCUGAAUAAUUCUGAAUUCGCAUAGCAACCAGGAUGGGAAAUUCUGAUUUUAACAAAUACCUCCAGAGCAUUUUUUGUCGUAACAAAUGCUAAGUGAACAUAAGUAAGUGUAAAUAAUUAAAUGUAAAAGUUUCGAACAAAUCCCUUUUUGACUAAUAGUGCUAUAAAGUCUGUUUAACCACCUUCAGCUAACUUUCCAAAUCGACUGUUUGCUCUUAUUUCAAUUUUAAGCCACGUGUCGUAAGCCGUGACAGUGUGUCGCUUGGCUGUCUACCUAAAACAGGUUUCGCUGCAUUUAGCUUGAAUUUGAAGUAAAAUCUACGUUGUUUCUGGAAAUAUAUAAUUGUAUAAGUGUUCUUAUGUCGCUUUGCAAGGAGAAAUUCGUUCAAUGUUGUCCAGAAUACCUAUAUAUUUUAUAUUUUAACUAAUGUUGAAAUUAACGAUAGUUGUGGAAAAUGGUUUUACUCAGUAAGGAUAAUAUUGUUGCAAUGUAUUAACUAUGUCGAUUUAGACUUUUCGGUCAUUUUUCUUUUAUCUUUCAAAGCAAAUGCUUUUGAUAAAUGUUUGUCUAAAACGACCAGAAAGAUAAACGCGUAUGUACAAAAUUGUUUAAACGCACCUAUGCAGUUUGUUAAAUUUAAAUAUGUUGAAAUUCAUCCAUAAAUACAAGUAAAUAAGUAGAUUAUUAAUAAAACAGUACACCAUAUGAUAAACGGUAUGUCAUACACUGACCAUUUUAGAUGUAGAUUGAUCAAUUUACUUUUACAACGGAUAAGGUUCCUUUUCUAACAGCUGAUAGGAAAACAACACCAAUAGCUUAGAUUUUUGUUUUACGCUGAACUCUUGUAAGACUGUGUGAUAGUUCUCUUGAUGAGUAAUGGAAAAUUGAAUAAUAAUAAUAAUAAUUAUAACAGUAAUAAUAAUAUAAUAAUAGUUAUUAUUAUUAUUAUUAUUAUUAUUAUUAUUACAGUAAUAAUAUUAAUAGUUAUGAUAACAACGACACACAGGUAUACUUCUUCUUUGGUUUUAUUGAUUGCAAGCAGUUGUUUGUGUUAUGCUACUAUGUGGCAUUUAAUUUUUGACGGUGUGAUACAUUUUGUAUACUAUUUUGUCUGAUUAAAAAGGUAUGGUUUCUUAAACUUUAUAUUGUCAUAUUUAUUAUUUCCCGUUCUAUGUCUAUCUGGGGUAAAAUAACUUAUUUAAACUCCCCUGCAUGGAUGGACUAUUUGGUCGCCGUUCCUCCUUCUGAACGUCCGUCCAUCUGUCAAUACCUUAUCAAUGAGAACUUCUCUGAAAUCACACGAUAAAGUUUUGAAGAAACUUAGGUAAUAGAAAUGAUCCUGAAAGCUUGUCAUUUUUUUUGUAAUAUUUCAACAACAAAUGCUGCUUAGUUAAUAGGUUUGUUCAACUUUAAAUCUUGUCUCCGAACAUGAUUUGCAUCAAUAAGAGGAAGACCUUUUUUUUUCAAAAACGCAAAAUCAAAAGACAAAUUCAAACCAGAUUCCCUGAGUGAAUUUCGGGUAUGGUUUUACCUACAUAUACAGCUUAUGGGAAAACUUUUAAGAUUACAUCACCUUUGAAAAUGAUAUUUUGACAGGAUGGAAGUACGGGGACAAUAACUAUCAGAACAAAUCAACACUCAUUACAAUAUUUACAAAUUUAUUUACAGAAAAUGAUUAUCGACAAUGAAUAAAUAAUA